CAGGGAGAACCGGAGAACCGGCUUCAGUCUAACUCUAUUUAAACUCACAGGGAGAACCGGAGAACCGGCUUCAGUCUAACUCUAUUUAAACUCCCAGGGAUAACCGGAGAACCGGCUUCAGUCUAACUCUAUUUAAACUCACAGGGAGAACCGGAGAACCGGCUCAGUUUAACUCUAUUUAAACUCACAGGGAGAACCGGAGAACCGGCUUCAGUCUAACUCUAUUUAAACUCCCAGGGAGAACCGGAGAACCGGCUUCAGUCUAACUCUAUUUAAACUCACAGGGAGAACCGGAGAACCGGCUUCAGUCUAACUCUAUUUAAACUCACAGGGAGAACCGGAGAACCGGCUUCAGUCUAACUCUAUUUAAACUCCCAGGGAGAACCGGUUCUACUUUAGCUUUAUUUACAGUCACAGGAAGAAUGGAUCUCCCGGAGGACUUGGAGAAGCAGCCUCUGAUUCAGCUGGAUCCGCUCAGAUGGUCCAGUUCUCCAGAGGACAGAUGUUCGGACUCAGACUCCGGUGCAGACGACCCGGGGUUUCCUUCUCGGUUCUGCAGGGACUCGGACUCUCUGCCGGAGGAAAGCGUCGCCAGGCGUUCGGCGAGGAGGAAGCUCAUCAUGGCCGCCGCCGUCAGCCUCCUCUUCAUGACCGGGGAGGUGGUCGGUGGAUACCUCGCCCACAGCCUGGCCAUCAUGACGGACGCAGCUCACCUGCUGACUGACGUCUGCAGCAUCCUGAUCAGCUGCUUCUCCCUGUGGCUCUCCUCCAGACCCCAGACCCCCACCAUGACCUUCGGUUGGCACCGAGCAGAGGUCCUGGGCAUGCUGCUGUCGGUGGUCUCCAUCUGGGGGGUAACAGUGCUGCUGGUGGUCUCUGCGGCUCAGAGGAUCUCUGACGGAGAUUUUGACAUCGACAGUCAGAUCAUGCUCAUAACGUCGGGGGGGGCAGUGGGGGUCAACGUGCUGAUGGUCCUGAUCCUGCACCAGUCUGGAGCCUCACACGGCCACAGCCACAGCUCCCCCCCCGCCAGGCUGCAGACCGCUGACCUCCGCCCUGACCUCCACCCUGACCCCAACCCUGACCUGCACCCUGACCCCCACCCUGACCUGCACCACGAGCACAAUGCCAGUGUGCGGGCGGCGUUCGUGCACGUUGUGGGGGAUCUGCUGCAGAGCGUGGGGGUCCUGCUGGCUGCGACCAUCAUACACUUCCGGCCUGAAUAUAAGGUAGCAGAUCCCAUUUGCACGUUCCUGUUCUCCGUUCUGGUUCUCGGGACGACCCUGCCCAUCUCAAAGGAUGUGUUCAGGAUCCUGAUGGAGGGAAGUCCUGAGGAGGUGAUCAGUGUGAGGGAGCGUCUGCUGGCUCUGAGGGGGGUCCGGUCCGUCCACGCUCUGCACGUCUGGAGCCUCAACCUGACCAAGCACUUCCUGUCUGCACACCUGAGCACAGAGGCAGAUGCAGAUCCCCUCCUCGUGCUCUCGGAGGCGUCGCAGCUGCUUCGCUCCGAGUUUGGUUUCUGCAGCGUCACCCUGCAGGUGGAGCCCUGAUAUGUUUCAAUGCUGGGGGAGGGGUGUAAAGGUGUGUUGGGGUCAUUAAAGUCGAGAUAUCCGA